AUGGCCAUCCUCAUGCUUGCGGUGGUACUCGCUAAAGUCCUAUACGGAGCUGGGGCUUGGGUGGUACUCAUUGAAGUCGUACAUGGAGCCGGUGGUACUCAUUGGAGUCAUAUACGGAGCUUGCAUCUUACAGUGACUACCAGUGAUAAAUUGGAGAAAGAUCGACUCGACGAUGACUUCCUCAUACCUCUUGAGUUUUCGGCUCUUCCAGAUUUCCACAACAAUAUAACAUUGUCGGCUAAUCGGCUUCCAUGGUUCCAUCGUCCACCGCCCAACAUCAUCAUCGACUUCCAAAAUCCAGACUUCCAUUAUCGUCCUUGUCCACCAGCACAAGACCACCACACAAUCACCAUUAACAACACUAUGAGACUUCUUUUCAUCCUAUCUUUCUUAACUUUACUCUCCUCCGCCCACCCCACUAAAAGAAGAAUUCUCCACCAGCCACUAUUUCCGGUCAGUUCGGAACCAUCACCAGAUAACCCAUUCCCACCUCCACCACCGCCUAUCACCACCACCAUCACCACCCCUGACCAGCCUUUCUUUAAUGAAAACCCAAAUGGGCAGACCCCGGAUCAGCCCCAAUUGCAGCCACCACCAACGCCACCACUGGUGGUGGGGGCUGAUACCAGUAAUAACUCCAUAUCACACCCCAUUGCCCCACAGCCAGCCACCAAACCUGCCAAGAAAAUAGCAGUUGCAAUUUCGGUUGCAAUUGUGACUCUAGGAAUGCUGUCAGCAUUAGCAUUCUACAUCUAUAAACACAAGUCUAAACAUCCAGGUGAAUCCCAAAAGCUUGUGAGAGGACCAAAUUCACAAAGAAAUAAUGAAGAUAACAUGCCACCAUCCACUUUUCUCUACAUUGGGACUGUUGAGCCAUCAAGAUCCGUCGGUGAAACCACCAAUGCUCCACAAAAUGUAUCACCUUAUCAUAAAUUGGGAUCAGUUAAAACAUCAGACCGAUAUAGGCCAAGUCCUGACCUUCAGCCACUUCCACCGUUGACUAAACCCCAGCCACCACCAACCAUCACUUCUCCACCGGCCAUGUCUUCUUCAUCUGACGAAGAAAGCCACGAUUUUUACACCCCUCAUGGAUCAAUUGCAAGCACUGAGGAAGGGAAUUCGAUUUCCAGAUCAAAACAGAGUCGUUCAAGCGAUAAUAACUCUAGCUUGAUGAUCCAACAAAGAAGCAAAGCACGCUCUACAAGUCCCAUUCCUCAUUCCAAGAGAACUUCACCAAGGUCAAGGCUUUCGGUUUCUUCUUCCCCAGAUACAAAACAUACUACCUCAUCAUCACAAAAGCUGCCUUCCGCUACUCCGCAGCCACCACCAGCUCCACCACCACGGCCGCUACUAGCUCCUCCAUCACUGGAGUAUAGUCAGCCAUUAGCAAUAACAUAUGGUCCCAGAAGAACAAAAUUCGCAGCACCGCCUCCGGUAGACAUGAUGAGUUUGAAUUCAGUAUAUAAUCAAUCUCAACAAAAGCUUAAACCCCCUGUUCCACCACCACCGCCGCCGCCGCCGCCGCCUCCUCCCCCAGCUUUACCAACACCACAAAAGAUGGGAAUUUCUCCGGCGAAGGCCAUCUCAGUGGCUUGCGCUCAACAAGUGGCAAAGCUGGAAUCAAGGAGUCCUAGUCCUAGAGUAACUCCUGGAAUUGUUAAGGGAAAGCCAUUGGAGGAAGUAAACAACAACGGUAUUGAAGCUCAUGAUGCAGGUGGGUUAAAACCAAAGCUGAAGCCUCUACACUGGGACAAAGUACGUGCAACCUCGGAUAGAGCAACUGUAUGGGACCAGCUAAAAUCAAGCUCCUUCCAACUAAAUGAAGACAUGAUGGAGUCCCUUUUUGGAAGUAAUUCUGCUGGUCCAGCAAAAAAAGAAGAAAUUCGAAAAUCAGUUCUACCUCCAAUUGAAAAGGAGAACAGAGUUUUGGAUCCAAAAAAGUCACAGAACAUAGCCAUACUACUAAGAGCAUUGAAUGUAACAAGGGAUGAGGUAUCUGAAGCACUUCUAGAUGGAAAUCCAGAAGGCUUAGGUGCGGAGCUCUUGGAAACACUGGUAAAGAUGGCUCCAACCAAGGAAGAAGAGAUAAAACUUAGAGACUAUAGAGGUGACAUGUCAAAAUUAGGCUCCGCAGAAAGAUUCCUAAAGGCAAUCCUAGAUAUACCAUUCGCAUUUAAAAGAGCGGAGGCCAUGCUUUACAGAGCAAACUUUGAAAAUGAAAUCAAAUACCUGAGGACUUCUUUUUCAACAUUAGAGGAAGCAAGUGAGGAACUAAAGAAUAGUCGGCUUUUCCUCAAACUCCUUGAGGCUGUUUUACGGACGGGUAAUCGCAUGAAUGUUGGCACAAAUCGUGGUGAGGCUACAGCUUUCAAACUUGAUACACUCUUAAAACUUGUAGACAUAAAGGGGACAGAUGGGAAAACUACCUUGCUUCACUUUGUAGUCCAAGAGAUUAUCAGGUCCGAAGGCACAGACCCUGAUGCUAAGAACAAUGUUAUUUCCACUACAAUGAAUCCCGGAUUCAAUGAAGGACAUUUUAAGAAGCAAGGGUUGCAGGUUGUUGGUGGGCUGAGCAGAGAAUUAAGUAAUGUCAAGAAAGCAGCAGGAAUGGACUCGGAUGUUUUGAGUGGCUAUGUGGCAAAACUUGAAAUGGGGCUUCAAAAAAUUAGAUUGGCAGGUUAUGAGAAGCCAGACAUGCAAGGAAAUUUCUUCGAUUCAAUGAAAAUAUUUCUUAAACAAGCAGAAGUAGAAAUUGCAAAGAUCAAGAUCGAUGAAAGAAAGGCCUUGGCAUCUGUUAGAGAUGUAACAGAGUAUUUCCAUGGUGACACGGCAAGAGAGGGGGCCCAACCUUUCAGAAUCUUCAUGAUUGUAAGGGAUUUUCUACGCAUACUGGAUCAUGUGUGCAAGGAGGUCGGCCAAAUGCAGGAUAGAACUACGGUAGGUUCAGCAAGAUCAUUCAGGAUUCCUGCCACUGCAUCAUUACCGGUCCUAAGCAGAUACAAUGUGCAUGAUAGUACAAGUUCUGAUGAUGAAAGCUCAUACUCCUCUCCAUGAGACUCUGAUAUGCACCAGAACAUUAGGGCUCAACUUUGUUACAAGCACAUGAAGAGCAUGACAAGAUCAAAAUCAGAAAUGCAUCUUACUUGUACAAAAAUAAGUGCAUCUCCUUUGGACAAAGAGAAGAUCAGAAGUUGAUAAGAAAACAGCUAGACAAUCUGCAUUCCAAACAGCCAACAAGAAGGUCAAGAAAACAAUGAUGAUAAUGAUGGAUAUGUGGACUUAGGGCUUCAUCCAACUACCAGAAGAAGGUAGUGGAAACUCAUGGAUCUUCUAACGUGGUAUAGAAUACAAAUUGAAGUAGUCUUGUUAGCUUACAUACAUUCUAAAAAAAAUAAAGAUUUAUUAGUUUAAAUUUUAGUAGACCAUUAUUUUUCUUUGCAUUGAGUUUUUCAACUUCUUAAUAUUUUUUAUCCUUUUUGGGGAUCAAUAUACUGAAUCUU